UGCAUCUGUGGCACAAGAUGGCGCUGCCCUUUGCACGCUGUUGGAACUUGUACCGCUGGGGAACCAAGCGAUGGGGGGUCCCCACCGGGGAGUCCCGGAGAGGCAUCAGUUUCAAACUGGAAGAAAAAACGGCCCACAGCAGCCUGGCACUCUUCAGAGGUGACACGGGUGUCAAAUAUGGUUUGGUGGGACUGGAACCCACCAAGGUGGCCCUGAAUUUGGAGCGCUUCCGGGAGUGGGCAGUGGUGCUCGCAGACACCCCAGUCACCAGUGGCAGACACUACUGGGAGGUAACAGUGAAGCGCUCCCAGCAGUUCCGGAUAGGAGUGGCAGAUGUGGACAUGUCCCGGGACAGCUGCGUCGGUGCUGAUGAUCGGUCCUGGGUGUUCUCCUAUGCUCAGCGCAAGUGGCACAGCAUGCUGGCCAACGAAAAAGCCCCAAUUAAGGGUAUUGGGCAACCAGAGAAGGUGGGGCUGCUGCUGGACUAUGAGGCCAAGAAGCUGAGCCUGGUGGAUGUGAGUCGGAUCUCUGUGGUCCACACACUACAGACAGAUUUCCGGGGUCCAGUGGCGCCUGCUUUUGCUCUUUGGGAUGGAGAACUGCUAACCCAUUCAGGACUUGAAGUGCCCAAGGGUCUCUAAUGUGGCCAAGACCCUGAAUCACGCUCAUGGUCAGCUUUCUGUUCUUAGUGUCCAAAGCUAUUUUACUUUGUCUCAAGCAACUGGUAGUUCUCAGAACUCUGUUGGGAUCCUUUGUGCAAUACUGUAGCCAUCUUCCCCUGGUCCCUACUCUCUAAGAGCUAGGUAUACAGCCAAACUUUGCCAGUUUCCUAGGUCAUCAGGGGAAUUUCCUCCUAGACCCCUUCCUUGGGCCCUUCCUUCUACUUGUGCCCAGGCAUCUUAGACUGUUCAGUCCCGGAGUCCUGUCUCUCAGCCGCUAUGUAUCUUUCCCUUAUCCACAUGUAACUUGUUUUGGGGGUUCAGCAGAUUCUCUAGAGUAAAUGCUACCUCUGGCUGAAGGAGUGGCAGCCACAGACUUGGCCUUUUCUCUGAUGCACCUCAGAUUCUUGGGUUCUGGUUCCCUCAGUAGUACCUCAGCACUAGAGAUGUCAGUCCAACCCAGAUGCAGCUGUGUGCACCCUUGAGUCCAUCUGUUUUCUGGACACCUGAUACCUAGGCAGUUUGCCAUAACCAUUGUGCCAGUUAUGUGACAAAAAGAUACUAGGAACUAUGUAGGGCUAUACAGUGCCGGAAAUAUUACCCUUGAUAAGGUCCUUCCGAGUACCGGCCACAGUUUAAAGCUCCGGGAAAGACGGCAGUUUUACGUAGUCCAUUUUGGAGCCUGUUCAGACCCACAACUCCCAUCUCCCCUGGCCACAGAGUGUACUUAAUAAAAGCAGUAUUUUGGUUUGAGGAAAACCUGGUGGACCAGUUGAAUAUGUAUGCAAAAUAUACAGUUUGGACUUGUCUGACCCUGUGGCUCUGUCUUAAUCUACCUGCUACGAAGGUGAUAACUGAUGAUGUCCUUAGGAGAGAAAGAGAAUGACUAGAUUUGACAAAAUAAAAUAGAAUUAUAAUUCAUGUAAUUAAAGUUUAUUUGAACACAAAA